UGACGAUGCUGGUUUCUUUGAUGAUGAUGCUUCCUUCAAACUUAUUUCUAUGUCGGCUGAUGACUUUGAUAAGUCAUUCAAUAUUUUUCUUUUAGAAUACCGAUAGGAGUGCCUGAAUAAAGAAAUAAGAAUGGAGAACAAAUUAAAAAGGUUUUUAAAAGAAGAAUAUAUCGGUAGGAUGGUGCCUGCUGAUAACGGAAAUUCAAUGAAAAUAAAACCAGAAUGGUUUGAUCAGAAGAAAUUUGAACGAGUUCGUAAUAUCUUUUUGAAUAACUUUUGUAGUAUUUGCAUGACACAUCUUUGUGGCUUAAUUCUUAUAUUUAUGUAUACGCCAACUAUAGAACCGUUUCUCUAUACUGGAAAAUCGAGCACUAUUCCAGCUUUGUUACAUCGUUAUAUCAUCACUUGCAAGCAUGUAAUUAGCUGGUAUGUUGGAGAUAUUUGGAAUCCAAAAAAUUCUGCUCACAAAUCGUUAAUUACAGUAAGACAUAUGCAUAAAGAAGUUGCAAAAGCCCUAGAUUCUCCGUCCUACGACAAACCUAAACUAAAAGACGCUUUAUUUUUCUCGCAAAGUGGAAUGGCAGCAACUCAGUUUGCAUUCGUUGGGUGGAUGAUUGCAUAUCCUGAAAAGAUUGGUUUAUAUUGCAGUAAAGAAGAAUUAGAAUGUCUGAUUCAUUUAUGGAGAUGCGUCGGAUAUUUAUUAGGUAUAGACGAUCGAUUUAAUAUAUGUGAUGGAAACUAUGAAGAAUCAUUUCAAUUAUAUAGAAAAAUAAUCCACGAGGAUAUAAAAUUGAGACUAUUGAAACCAAAUGAAGAAGGAAUGGCUAUGAGUAAAGAUAUUGUUACAGCAUUAGGAACAGAGAUUCCUUUAAUGAGUUGGUUAGGACUAAGAAGAUACUGGUUUGAAAUUCUCGAACUACCAAUUGAUUUUUCAUUAGGCUUGUAUGAUAUUAUAUGCUAUUGGUUUUAUAAUCUACUAUUUGGUGUUCUCUUAAAAAAUUGGUUUCUACGAAAAAUCGUAAACAAAAUUAAUUUGAUUGUGUUUGAAAGAGCUGUGAAAAAAUUGACUAAAAAUGAAUAA